UCGAUCUGUGUUCCCUCACGUCACAAAGAUGCGUGAUGCGCAAUGAGGAUUGUGUUCAUGUCAGAGGAGGUUUCAGCCAGAAUCCUGUCAACAAACUAAGAGAGAGUGUGAUUUAUCAAGUUGGUUAAAUGGACUUCCUUUGACAGGAGCCUGUUGAGUUCAAGGAGAGCGCUUAUUCUCGGGGGAGAAAGAGUCAAUGUCAUCUGAGCUCUGACCCCCUGGAACAUCCAGACCCUUCUUUAUGUUUUGUGGUGAGGCCAUGACUACUGUCAACAUCACCCGAGACAUCCUGCACCGGCAGAUCAGAGACAAGAGAGCGUCAGGCUUCCAAAGGUCCUAUCAUGUGACUGACCCUUUCAUCAAAAGACUUGGACUGGAGGCUGAGCUUCAGGGUCAUACUGGCUGUGUGAACUGUUUGGAGUGGAAUGAAAGAGGAGAUUUACUGGCCUCGGGCUCAGACGAUCAACAUGCCAUCAUCUGGGAUCCGUUCAAACACACAAAGCUUACAACUAUGCACACGGGUCAUGCAGCAAAUAUAUUCUCUGUGAAGUUCCUCCCUCACUCAGGGGACAGAAUUCUGAUAACGGGUGCGGCCGACACAAAGGUCCAUGUGCAUGACCUGACGGUGAAGGAAACCAUCCAUAUGUUUUCUGAUCAUACAAACAGAGUGAAACGCAUUGCCACAGCACCCAUGUGGCCCAACACCUUCUGGAGUGCUGCGGAGGACGGCAUCAUCCGACAAUAUGACUUGAGGGAGAGCAGUAAGCGCUCAGAUGUGCUGAUCGACCUGACGGAGUUCUGUGGUCAGCUGGUUGAGGCCAAGUGUCUCGCUGUGAACCCACGGGACAACAACUACAUGGCAGUGGGAGCCAACGGGCCUUUUGUUCGCCUUUAUGACAUCAGGAUGAUUAACAAGUACAGAAAAUCUUUAAACCAGAGCACAUCAGCAGCUGUGCACACAUUCUGUGAAAGGCAGAAGCCCAUCCCAGACGGAGCUGGGCAGUAUUAUGUCGCAGGACAUCUGCCAGUGAAACUCCCAGACUACAAUAACCGCCUGAGGGUUCUGGUGGCCACCUAUGUCACCUUCAGCCCCGAUGGCACUGAGCUACUAGUUAACAUGGGGGGUGAACAGGUGUAUCUGUUUGACUUGACGUUUAAACAGAGGCCAUACACCUUCUUACUUCCAAAAAAGUGCCAGUCAUCAACAGGAGACGUACAGAACGGAAAGACGACCAACGGCGUCUCAAACGGAAUCGUCUUGCCAGCCAGCCGUAUUCGAAUUGCCGGAAGCAAGAUGCGUUCGAGUUCUACCGAGCUCCCUGUUCACUUGGAGAAGAUAAAGCAACAAGCUAAUGAUGCCUUUGCACGGCAGCAGUGGACGCAGGCUAUCCAGCUGUACAGUUUAGGCAUCCAUCAGGCCAGCGGUAACGCCAUGCUGUAUGGGAACCGGGCAGCAGCAUACAUGAAACGCAAGUGGGACGGAGACCAUUAUGACGCCCUCAGGGACUGCCUGAAGGCUCUGACUCUAAACCCUGGUCAUCUGAAGGCUCAUUUCAGGCUGGCACGCUGUCUGUUUGAGCUGAAGUAUGUGUCUGAAGCUCUCGAGUGUCUAGAUGAUUUCAGAGGAAAGUUUCCAGAGCAGGCGCAAAGUAGUGCCUGUGAUUCCUUGGAUAAAGAUAUCAAGGCUGCUCUCUUCACCAAGACAGAAACAGCAGAAGAUAAGAAGGCCAACAGCUCCAUUCGAUUCCACUCCUUCAAUCGUAAGGAGUCCAUCCCUGAAGAUGAGUUGGUGCUGAGAGAGCGCAGCUUUGACUACAAGCACAGAUACUGUGGUCAUUGCAAUACCACCACUGAUAUCAAAGAGGCCAACUUCUUUGGAAGCAAAGGCCAGUACAUUGUCAGCGGCUCAGACGACGGCUCCUUCUUUAUCUGGGAAAAGGAGACGACCAAUCUGGUGAGGAUCCUGCAGGGGGAUGAGUCCAUAGUCAACUGCCUGCAGCCCCACCCUAACUACUGCUUCCUGGCAACAAGUGGUAUUGACCCCGUGGUUCGAUUGUGGAACCCUAGACCAGAGACGGAGACUGAGAACGGCCGAGUGGUGGAGGACAUGGAGAGUGCUGCUCAGGCGAACCAGCGGCGCAUGAAUGCUGAUCCCUUGGAGGUAAUGCUGCUCAACAUGGGCUAUCGCAUCACAGGCCUGCGAGGCGUUGGCCCCGAUGGCUCCGAUGACGAAGACAGCUCAGAGGGACAAGUACAGUGUCGGCCAAGCUAAGCAAACGGUCUGCCAUUCUAGAGAAUGGACGUAGGAAGCGACUGUUUGAAUCUUUAUUUACCCCCUUCCCCCCCAACCCCCAGAAUCUGACAGAAACAUUGAGUGAAUAUCAUGUCACAUCUCUGCACUAUGCAUCACCCUCCCCUGUCCAAAGAGGGGACCGGUGGAGACCAUCUUGGGGAGAGGAAUUCAUGGAGGGUGGAGAAGACGCCCAUCCCGCCCCCCUUUCAAAGCACCAACCUCAGUCUCUCCCGCCACAGGAGGGACACCUUUUGAGGAGAGCACCUUCCACGUCACUACCCCAGUUUCUCACGAAGGAGGAGGAGUUCGGCACUUGUCCCUCCUCAGGUUUAUGUUGGAGAGACGCACAACACGCCCGCGCUCAGACGACCUAUUUUCAGGUCUGUGUGGCCGCACAGUCGCAGUAUCCUCCAUGGAGGGUCAGAUCACAGACUAGAAGACAGUGCUUUGUUGCAUCUCCUGUCAGCUUCGCGGUUGGAGCUUUGAGUCUUAGUGUCCGCAAAUAUCAGAAAGGCUGUACACCCAAGUCAUUCAUCCUGGGUUCAACUUGGUCAUGUUUUCAGUGUUUAUGUUGCACAGCUUUGAUCACAGGAAGCCUAGAAUUAAUUGUUGCUCCUAUGAAAUGUAUUUAUAAGCCCUGUUUAGUUUAUAUGUCAGAAAAAAACAAGGGGUUUCUUCUGCCAAAGGUUGUCAUUUCAAUGGCCAAGGAUUAAUGUCUGCUUUCUUUGUUUCAUUGAAACAUCGUUUUGACAUUCUGUACUCCUUUUAGUCAAAAGGUUUUACUACAAUAGUUUGUUGACAAGAUCAACAAGAUGUCUGAAGAGAAACAUUUGUAAAAAAAAACUUGAUAAUACAUUGUUUUGUUAUAACUCAAGUCCCAUUAAUUGCAAAUGUUGUUUGGCAAAUUGUAUUUUUGGGGAUAUGGCAACAGGGCGCUAAAUAUUUGGUGUGUGGCUCUUGCAAUAGUCCCCUGCUGCAGUCAGGUGUGGAGUCCUGCUUGCAUGAGGCUCCUCUCACUAUAGUUGUGGGCAAAAAACGGACACAGAGCCAUCCUAUCUGUUGCUCAGAGAACAGUUCAUCGGGUCUUCUUUGCCCCAAAAUAAGGUAAAUAUUAAGUAAUGCAACACUCGGCUUCCAUGUGUUUUACCUUUUACCUAUUAAUUUGAGAUACUGUUUUUCUUUGAGGAAUCCUAUGAUAACUUUUGUUGCAAACAAAGUAAAGAAUACAAUUAUUGAA